CAGGUUUGCAAUCAAAUUUCUCAACUUCUUGCAGCUGAAUUCGGAUUUUUUGCUUUGUGCUGUGGUGGUUUGGAACUGCUAUAUAUACAUAUUCUUUUGUGGGAGGGUUUUUGGGUUGAAAGGUCUCCUUCUACCAGGUUCCUUCUUGAAUAAGUCUAAGAAUUAUCAGCCUGCAGCUCAGGAAUAGGGAAAGAAUGGCAAGCAAUGGAGGUGAAAUCCCUGAGAACGCCAACGAACAUUGCCCGGGGCCUCAAUCGGAAUCAGCUGGAAAAUCCGACGCCUGCGCUGGAUGCCCUAAUCAGGAGGCUUGCGCUACUGCUCCGAAAGGCCCCGAUCCUGAUUUGGUCUCCAUUGUUGAAAGAAUGGCGACGGUGAAACACAAAAUACUAGUGUUAUCCGGGAAGGGCGGUGUAGGAAAGAGUACAUUCUCUGCCCAACUUUCAUUUGCGCUGGCAGCUAUGGAUUUUCAGGUUGGCCUUCUCGAUAUUGAUAUCUGCGGACCGAGCAUCCCAAAGAUGCUUGGUCUUGAGGGACAGGAGAUUCACCAAAGCAACCUCGGUUGGUCUCCCGUGUAUGUGGAAUCAAACCUCGGAGUGAUGUCAAUUGGGUUCAUGCUCCCCAAUCCCGAUGACGCUGUCAUAUGGCGAGGCCCUCGAAAAAAUGGGAUCAUCAAGCAAUUUCUCAAGGAUGUCUAUUGGGGAGAGCUCGAUUUUCUCAUAGUUGAUGCGCCACCAGGCACCUCAGACGAGCACAUUUCCAUUGUUCAAUUUCUCCAAUCCACUGGAAUCGAUGGUGCCAUCAUUGUCACUACCCCACAGCAGGUAUCACUUAUAGACGUCAGGAAAGAAGUCAGUUUCUGCAAAAAAGUCGGGUUGCCAGUUCUUGGUGUGGUCGAGAACAUGAGCGGUCUGCGCCAACAGUUGCCCGAGUUCAAAUUCAUGAGCGUGAGUGAAAAUGGCGAGCAAAAGGACAUGACACAAUGGGCUAUUGCGUACAUGAAGGAAAAAGCUCCGGAACUGCUGAAUCUUGUCGCUUUUAGCGAAGUGUUCGAUAGCAGCUCUGGGGGCGGUGAGAAAAUGUGCCAAGACAUGGAAGUUACCUUCCUGGGAAAGGUUCCAUUAGACCCGCAGCUAUGCAAGGCUGCCGAAGAAGGAAGAUCGUGCUUUGAAGAUGGUAAAUGCCGAGCAAGCGCCCCGGCGCUGAAGGCGAUCAUAGAGAAGCUGCUGUCACAGAUGAAGGUAUCAAGAAUGGAGGAGAAUGGAGCCUAGCUCAGCUCUAUGUGUAUGUAUAUCAGUAUAUUGCAUUGUGUCAGGAAUUUGAUUUUAUUUUAGGAGAGUAUGAAUUAAUGUUUUUAUGGAUUGAGUUUUGUUGCCUCUUUUCUUUUUUAUAUGCAUGAACAAAUUUGUCUAGUUUCUAUAGUAAUAUAUUCUUGUGGUA